GUGUUAAACGUAGUGGGAGAGGUCUACAUACUGAUUCUUCCAACCUAUGCAGUUUCCUCACAGCUAAUGGUGAGCCUUUAUAAUAAAUAAAUGAAUGAGUAAGCAGGUGAGUGAAUGAGUGAAUUGGGCGUGGCGAAUCUAAUCCAAAGCAAAUUUAACCGUUCCACCGCAUUAGCUAUGUCUACAACACACCAUUAUGAAUUCAUUUCAUUUCUGCCAUUCCCAGAAACAAUUCCGUCUCUCAUUUCAGUAAAUGGCUGUAGCAAGUAAUUCAUUUCGGAAUUGAGAAUUGAGACGACAUUGGAACUGUCCCUCAAACCCUCGUUUACGUGACUAUGCAUGGAGUAUACUUCGUCCUACUCUUGAUCCUGCAAGUUGUGUCAUCCCAAAGUAUUUGUGAGUUAUGUUCACCGGAUUGUUCCGCUCUUUGUGAUCUUGACAGCUUGAGCUUUUUGGAGUGUUGCCAAAAACGAGUGGAUCCCGGUGUUUUGGCCGUGAUCAAUGAAGCUUUGCUCAAACGUAUUCCGGAGGAGGCCCUGGAGUUCUCACCCCAAAGUGAGUUGUUUGAUGACGAGGCCAACUAUGACCCAGAGAUGAGCCUUCAAUCCGUGGUUCCACAUGUAGAUCUCAUUCGUGUUGGUCGAGGAGGCAAUAACAGACUUGAGUUCCAAGACCUCACCCGUCUUGGCAAACGAAAUGGCCAAGACCAACCCGAAGUGACUGCAAUCUCAUGGAGGAAACGCCUAACCGACUCGCUUCGCCUGGGAAAACGAUCCAAUAGCUAUAAGAAACGAAUUUUAGAUGGUGCCAUGAGACUGGGAAAAAGGGCCGGGCUUGGGGACUCCAUGCGGCUAGGCAAACGGUAUCCUAUUACAGACUCGAUGCGGCUCGGCAAACGCCCUGCGCUGACUGACUCCAUGAGAUUUGGCAAGCGCCCAGCUCUAACAGACUCCAUGCGAUUGGGCAAGCGUCAGUCGGUGGGGGAUAGCAUGAGAUUGGGAAAGAGGUCGGAUGUGGUGGACUCCAUCCGACUGGGCAAGCGGGAGUCCCUGACCGACUCCAUUCGUUUGGGCAAGCGAGAACCCUUGACCGACUCCAUCCGUUUGGGCAAGCGGGAACCUUUAACUGACUCCAUUCGUUUGGGCAAGCGAGAGCCUUUGACCGACUCCAUUCGUUUGGGCAAACGGGAACCCUUGACCGACUCCAUGAGGCUCGGCAAGCGUCUCAUGACCGAUGCGAUGUUGUUCGGCAAACGGGCGCCUUUAACCGAAUCUUCAAUACGGUUGGGGCGCAGUGUUGGGGAUUCCAUGAGACUGGGAAAACGGUCGGUGGAUGAAGAGAUCUAGAUCUUGGAUGUGUUCUGUAUGAUGUUUUCUAUUCAGGGGAGAAAUGUUUGUGGAACCUGCCUUGUCAUCAAAAUGAAGCCCUAAACCAAAAAGUUGAGACUCUGAUGCGCCCAUUUCAUGCGAUGAAGAUUUGCUUAUUCCAUUGUCAAUGCCUCUUAUGAUUGUGUUUCAUUGAUGGUUAAUGAUGUUGUGAACGAUUAGUUUCGUUGUUAACCUUGUUCAUUGUUGUAUUGUGGUGGUUUAGAGUGUAAAAGAGGUUGAGUGAUCCAAAUCUGACUUUGUUUCGUCAAAUAUAUAAGAUCGUUGAAAAUUUCCUGAAAAUAUAACUCGUACACCCACAUAUAAAGAAGAUACAUACGAAUGUUGACAACGUUUUCUUGUACGCUAUGCAAAUUGAAAUUAUGAAUUCAACAUGGAUAGAUCAAAUGGUUGCAAUAAAUCCGAUUCCA